AUGAAACUUCGUGCCUGGCCCAUGGCCUUGAUGGUCCAUCUUCUACAUGUAACUGUCUUCGCAAAGGUUUGCUCAGCUAGUAGCACUAGACCUCGCGUCUCUGUUCGACAGACAUCUGGUCUCUGCGAGACCACCCCGAACGUCAAGUCAUACAGCGGCUAUGUCGCUCUGCCUCCCACAACCAAUUUCCCUUAUGAGCAGAACCUCUUCUUCUGGUUCUUCGAGUCCCGCCAAGAUCCCAGAAACGAUCCCUUAGUUCUGUGGAUCAAUGGCGGUCCCGGCUCUCCAUCCAUAGGUCAAGCCCUUGGAAGCAAUGGUCCAUGCCGUGUCCUGGACGACUCCAAGACUACCAAACUCAACGAAUGGUCUUGGAAUAAUAGAGCGAAUCUUCUCUACAUUGACCAGCCCGUCCAGACAGGCUUUAGCUACGAUACUGUGGUCAAUGGUCGAAUGGACUUGCUUACCGGCAACAUAUUCCCCGAUGGUGCCGACGUCCCCCCUGAAGGUUCUAUCCUGUUCGAUGGCACAUUCAGCUCCCAGGACCCAAGGCAGACCGUCAACACUACCCAGAAUGCUGCUCGUGUCAUCGGCGGUCACUGGGCUCCCGCCAUCGCCUCCCAUUUCAACACCCAAUCCGAUAGCCUCGCCUCCUCGAACCCGGUAUCCCCCACCGAGCGGCUCUGCCCAAGACCAAGACCAAGACCCAUCCGCGUCGCCACACUCGGCCUUAUCGCACCCUUCAUCGACGUCCUCGUCCAGAACUCGGCCCUGACCUACGCCUAUAACAACACGUACGAAAUCGAGAUCUUCGACCAGGACACAGUUGCCAACAUUACCGCCACUUUCAACGCCGAGGGAGGCUGCCGGAAUCUGACCGAAGCAUGCCGGGCUACCGUCGCCGCCCAGGACCCGGACGGUUGGGGAAACGCCCCGGCCGCGUGGGAGAUUUGUGCCUUCGCUUUCCAGACGUGCUAUGCGCUCACAGAACUGCCUUAUAGUGCCCAAGGACGUGACCCGUUCGACAUUACCCAGUCCGCCGCCGAGCGGUUCCCUCCUCCCUACGCUUUGGGAUUUCUGAACCGCGAGAACGUCCAGAACUUUUUCAUCACCGGCGACUUCCUAGUAAGCUUCGCCCCCACCAUCGAGUCCCUCCUCAACGUCGACAUCCCCGUCACCCUGAUCUACGGCGACCGCGACUGGCGCAGCAACUGGUUCGGCGGCGAAGACCUCUCCCUCGCCUUAGCCCACCGGGGCGCAGCCGCCUUUGCAGCCGCAGGUGACGACGACGGCCCUGUUCGCCGCAGAGGCUACACCCGCCAGCACGGCCGCUUCAGCUUCACCGUCCUGCGCCAAGCCGGCCACGAAGCCCCCUACUACCAGCCCGACGCCGCCUACGCCGUCUUCCAGCGCGACCUGGACGGCGUCGACAUCGCUACCGGCCGGACCCCCGUGGCGCCCGGGUCGAGCGGCUACUCGACCUCUGGGCCAUCCGAUAUACGCGGCGUCAAGGCUUCGCGGCCCUCGGGGCCGAGGCCCCUCUUUUGCUAUGUGGCCGGUAGGUCGCUUCCGGCUGGGUCGUGCUCUGAGGAACAGAUCGCCGCGCUCAGGGACGGGUCUGCUGUUGUGGAGGAUUUCGUUGUCGUCAAUCCGCCGUGGCGUUCCCCCUGGAGGCGGGGCCGGGAGAGAGCAUGA